AUGGCAACAUCAGUCCUACAACCUGCUGAAUGUCGUCGUGAUCCAAAACUUGACCAUGCCUCUCUCAGACUCUCUGAAGAGGAGCGCCAAGCUAUCCUGGAAGCUAAGGAAAGGGAGACAGGGGAGCUGCCUCCUGAGCUUCGUGAAAGGGCCAGGGUAGAGAUAAGGGAAGAAACUGCGUUAAGGGAGGAGGCUCUCGCGCAAAUGAGACAUUUUAUUGAGAAGCAUCCAGCGAUUAAGAAGUGUAGAACAGAUACCCCUUUCCUACUGAGAUUCCUACGUACCAAGAAAUUCUCAAUACCACAAGCCUGCUCAAUGCUUGAGCGAUACCUGACAAUACGCCAAAUGUAUCCUCAGUGGUUCCAGAAGUUAGAUCCAUUGGACCCUAAGUUGGCGGCGGUUAUAGAUGCUGGCUACCUAGUGCCUUUACCCAAAAGAGAUUCAGAAGGGAGACGGGUCGUGCUUUCUUGUAUGGGCCGCUUUGACCCUUACGGAUAUGACAGUUGUGUGAUGGCGCGAAUCCAUUCUAUGAUCGUUGAGUUGCUUUUGGAUGAGCCUCGAUCCCAACUCCUUGGAUACACGCAUGUGAAUGACGAGGCUGGUAUGCAGAUGCCCCACGUGUCAUUAUGGUCACUAAGUGAUGUCAAAGUCAUGCUCAAUUGUAUACAGAACUCGACGCCAAUGCGCCACAAAUGCACGCAUUUCGUCAAUAUUCCCCACUAUGGCGUCAAAUUCUUCGAGUUUGCUGUUUCUUUAUUGAGCGACAAAUUAAAAGAUCGUGUUAUGUUUCACCGAAAUACCGACGAUUUGAACAAACAUGUUGAUGCCUCAAUACUGCCCAAAGAGUACGGAGGCACCGUUCCUUUGAAAGACAUGAUCGAAGAACUAAAACGCAAGUUACUGAAGCAUAGAGAAGACUUACUUGCUCUUGAUGACUUGUGUAUAGAUUUACAUGCAUUAGGAAAAAAUGAUUUGACGCAAGAUAUACAUUCUACUGCUGGUUCUUUUAGAAAACUUGAAUUAGACUAG